GCUCCUCGAACUGAAAAACUUUGGAGAAAAUAUUGGGGAUUCCUUCUUGCAGCCCUUCUCUUAUUCCUUAUAUUGACUUUAUUAUUUAUUUUUGCUCGUUUGAGAUGUAAAAAAGGAGCAAAUAACUUUUUGCCAAUUUUCUUAUCUGCUUUGAUCCCAAUUGAUAUAGCUUUUGAUAUUGCAUUCAUGUCACUUCACGGAAGAGAUUUCAAAUGGGUUCUCCCAACAACUUCUAAAUUUCAUGUUAACAAGAAAUUUAAUUAAAAGAGAAAAUGCUAGAAAUCGUAAAGAAUUUAAUAAUUGGUGGAAAAAUCAUCGUGGAAUAGCAAAUACAUUUAAAACAGCAUCAUACCUUGAUACGGAUGCAUUACAAGUUGUAUCAUCAGGAGUUGGUGGUGUAGAAAGUUUGAGUGCACCAGUUUCAGAAGAAGGAAGAAAAUCAAUUCUAUUUGCAACAGGAGCUGUAGUAUUCUUUGAAGAUUUACCUCAAUUAAUUAUUUAUUCUGUAUAUAUAGGUUCUCAUGUUAAACCAGCUAUUGUACCAAUUCUCGUAUUAUCAUCAUGUUUAAUGGUUAUAGUAUUGAAAUCCAUUUCUAUAUUAUGUUCCUCAUGUUGUUAUGGUAAAGGACCAACAGGAUCUCAAGGUGAAAAACCUCUUGAUGCUAUUAGCACUAGCAGUAGUAGUAGUGAUGAUGAUUCAAGUGAUGAGAAAGAUGAUGGUUUUGCUCCUGAUGCUAAUAAAACAACUACUACACAUAAUUUACCAAGAACUCAAGAUGGACCUCAAGAUGGUGGACCUCAAGAUGGUGAACCUCAUGAUAGAGAUAAUCCAAAUACUUUUGGAAAUAUUCCCACUGGUAAAGAUAAACCUAAACCAGCUGAUUCUACAUCAGAAAAACCAACAAAACCAUCACCAACUGAUAAAGAUGAUAGUAAGAGUCCUAAGAAACCGGGACUUCCCGGAAUACUUAAUUUUGGUAAGAAACCAAAAGAUCCUACUGUUCUAUCUGAUGUUGGAAAACCCGAUAAAAAAACUAAAGAAACCGAAGUAACCGAAGAAAUCAAGGAACCAAUAGAAACAACAGAAGAAAAAGAAACUACAGGAACGAAGACUAAACCUAGAAACAAUAUUGAUAGUACAAUUAGAGAUAGUACAGUAGAAAAUUAUGAUAAUGCUCGAAAGUACCUUGAAGCAACAAAGAAAGAUGAUGAUGAUACACCAAAUACAUCAACAGGUGGUGGAGGUGGAUAUUCAUAUGGAGCAGGUAUUCCAGUAUAUUAUGGUCUUGGCCCCGCUCCAAAGAACAACAACAAAACUGAUAAAAUAAAUAUUGCUACCGGAGCAGCAAUUUCUGGAGUUACAGCUGCAGAUGGACCAACAGUAAGAUAUAGUAUUAUCUAUUUAGAUGAUGAUAAAGAAAAAGAUAAACCAGUUGAUACUAUUAAAACUACCACCACAAAAACAUCAACACCUGAUGGAGAUAAACAUAUUACUAAAACAGAUACUGGUAAAGAAUAUAUUACCAUUUAUAUUGAUGGAAAAUAUAUUACUAAAAUUGGUAAUGAAGAAUAUGUUACCAGAGCAACUAAUGAUGAAGAAUACAUUACUAAAAUUAAUGGUGAAGAAUAUAUCACAAUAGUUAGAACUGUAACGACUAAAACUACCACCGCACCUAAUACUACAACAACAAGUGAUGAUAAACAAUACAUUACCACCAAAUCUACUACUGGUAGUAAAGGCAAAAGUCAAGUUGAUUAUAUUGUUAUUACAUCAUCACCAAGUACUACCGUUGAGGAAAUAGAAAAUAUUACUGAAAUACAAACUACUAUUGAAACUAUGAUUGAGACAGAUGAGAAUGGAAUCAUAACAGAAACUGUAACAGAAAGAACGCCCGAUGGAAAUGGAAUAAAUGGAAUAACAACUGUUAAAGUGACCACCACCAAAAAAGAUCCAAGCGGUAAAGUAAUAGAUACCGAUACAAGGACAUAUACAGAAAAAACAAGUGAUGUUAAAACUGGUAGUUCAACAAGGCAAAUAGAAAUACAAACUACUAUUGAAACUAUGACUGAUACAGAUAAGAAUGGAAUUGUAACAGAAACUGUAACAGAAAGAACGCCCGAUGGAAAUGGAAUAAAUGGAAUAACAACAGUUAAAGUGAUCAUCACCAAAAAAGAUCCAAACGGUAAAGUAAUUGAUACCGAUACAAAGACAUAUACAGAAAAAACAAGAGAUGUUAAAACUGGUAGUUCAAAAACGCAAAAGGGAAAACAAGUAAAUACUGAAACUAGUACUGAGACGGAUGAGAAUGGAAUUGUAACAGUGACUGUAACAGAAACAGAGACCGAUGAAAAUGGCAAUACAAUUACUAAAGUGACCACCACCAAAAAAGAUUCAAGUGGUAAAGUGUUAGAAACCAAUACUGAAACAAUGUAUGGUGUUACCGAAUUUGUUACUGAACCGGAAGAAACAUAUAUCACAGGUGAUGAAACAACAACAAGAACAGUUUCUUACAAUAAUGAUCCAAGGAGGAAACAAACAAGAACUUUCACCAAAAAUGAAACAGAUGAGCAUGGAAUUAUGACUGUAACUACAACGACAGAAGUAAUCGAAGAUGAUGGAUCAACAACUACUACAGUUGUAACCACCAAAAAAGAUCAAAAGGGUAAUGAAUUAGAAUCCAAUACUCAAACGUCAAGAUCAAAUCCGGGAGAAACAAUUGUCACAACUAGCGGUGAUGCUAAAACUAGUAGUUCAAAAACGCCAAAGAGAAAACAAACAAGAACUAACACUAUGAGCCAGACGGAUGUGAAUGGAAUUGUAACAGAAACUACAACAGAAAUAGAAACCGAUGAAAAUGGAAAAACAAUUACUAAAGUGACAACUACCAAGAAAGACACAAAAGGAAAUGUAAUAGAAAGCAAUACUGAAACGAAAGAAAGUUUUACUGAACCGGAAGUAACCAAAACUUCAUCGAAAGUUAGUUCUAUAAUUGGACCUUCCAUUUAUCAACAAGGAUUAGAGAAAUUGAAAAAGGAAAAAAAAUAAAUCUACCAUCAUAUCUAAAUUUUAAUAAUGAUAAUCUAAGUUCCAAUUAAAAUGCUUAAGGAAAAAAAAAUAUAUAUAAUAUUAUAAUAUUGUUAUUUAAAACUGUCUUUUCUUUUUUAUAUUUUUAAUUUAUUAUUUAUUUUUUUUUACUUUUUCUAUUUACACAAAUUUUUUUAAUAAUGUAUCUUUAA